GGUGUCCCGCCGCGAGCACCCCGGGCUCCGCAGGAAUGCUGCUGCUUCCCAGCCGAGGCUCCGGGCCCCGCUGUCCCAGCACCUUCCCCAGAAUCCGCCUUGUAUCGCGGGGAGGGCCGCGGGAAGGCUCUGGGAGCCCUGGCUCUCAGUGUGGGCGGUGUGCAGGCACCGGGCUGCGGGUUCUGGGGAAAAACCUCCAUUGUACUCGUGUUUCCUUUGGCUUGCUUCUAACAGGGUUUUCAAAGGAUGUUUUUGAACGUGUUCAGGCUGGAAAUAAGGGUGUUUCUGUUUGUAUUGUUCACCUGACAAAAAGACACUUGUGUCUUGCACAGUAUGUGGCAUAGCCUUUUCCAUACUUGGCAUUUCGGGGAGCAGGAGAGGCCUCGGCAUCUGUUCUCUCCAGUGGCGAGAGUUUGGGGCACAGAAGGCAACCAGCAGGUGGUGGAGUAGGCUAAGUGUGAACACAGAAUCCCAUCUCAGCCUUGGUUUGUCCUCCUGACCCACGGGUGCACACUGGUGUCCAUAGACAAUUGGCGUUUGUGUUUGUAAACACAGAGCAUUUAAUAAAUAUUGCUGGAUUUGUGAAUAGCUUGUGAAGGAGGGCUGUGAGCUGGCUGUGAUGUGUUUCCUGGUAUUGGGAAAAUAAAAUGAUUUGGAGGGGUAGGCUAAGGAAAAUAUUGGUUAAGGGUUACAGGCGUGGCAUCUGGUUCUGUCCUCUGCAAAUAAAAACCUAAGGCUUAUUAGGUUGCUCAGGUGGUCACAAAAUAGUUUGUUGCUUUCUAGGAAGGGAGCAUAGAAAUCUUUCCAAGCUUCUGUUGUUAGAAGCAUCAUGGUUUGUGUUUUGAUACAGAAAUUAAAAUAGUAGUCUAGUCUUGGUGCACCUUUGAAGGUAGAGGUGUUGAUUGACACACCUGGAAAGACAAGGGGAGAGAACCAAAUGUUGCCAUUUUUCUGUUGGAAUUACCAUAUUUUGAAUUACCAAGUCGGUAUUAGGGCUAAUUUGUAACUGGAGCCUUCAGUGUCAAACUGGUAGAUGGGUUUUGAAGUGGUGACUGGUGUGUGUUUGCUUGCCAAGGCCUCACAGGACGGAGCUGUACGAGGAUCCCCCGUUGGGAUGCUGGCCCAUUGUGUAUUCCCCAGACUACAACAUCACCUUCAUGGGACUUGAGAAGCUGCACCCCUUUGAUGCAGGGAAAUGGGGGAAAGUCAUCAAUUUUUUGAAAGGAGGAAGAAGCCCCAGGAUGCCCCAGAGCACUUGGUUUGCUGUGGCUGUGUAGCAAUUCCUGGCAACAGCUGACCCUCCCCUGUGCCUUACCACUGAGCAGAUCAGCAGCGAGCAUCUUUGCAGAGUCCCUUCCUCCUGGAGAAGGAAGCUGGCAGCAGUUUGGCUCUGUUUGACACCACUGCAUGAAUGAAUUGUUCCUCAAGCCUCAGUCAGGAGAAACAGAAGCUGGCCAAAACAAAUGUUGUCGCAGAAGAAAAACUAAUUGCAGAUGACUUGAUUGUGCAGGCACGGGAGGCUACUGAUGAAGAUCUCUUGGUUGUUCACACCAGGCGCUACCUUAAUAAAUUAAAGUGGUCAUUUGUUGUGGCUACAAUCACAGAAAUUCCACCAGUUGCCUUUCUUCCCAAUUUCAUUGUUCAGAGAAAAGUUCUGAAACCUCUACGAACCCAGACAGGAGGAACAAUAAUGGCAGGAAAGCUUGCUGUGGAUAGAGGCUGGGCCAUCAAUGUGGGGGGUGGUUUCCAUCACUGCUCCAGUGACAAAGGGGGAGGAUUUUGUGCAUAUGCUGACAUCACACUGGCCAUCAAGUUCUUAUUUGAGAGAGUACAAGGAGUGUCUAGAGCCACAAUUAUUGAUCUGGAUGCCCAUCAGGGAAAUGGCCAUGAGAGGGACUUUAUGGAUGAUCCUCGGGUUUAUAUUAUGGAUGCAUACAAUAGAUAUAUUUACCCAGGUGAUGGUUUUGCUAAACGUGCCAUAAAACGCAAAGUGGAACUGGAGUGGGGCACAGAGGACAGCGAGUACCUGCAGAAGGUGCACACCCACGUGGAGGGAGCCCUGAAUGAAUUCAAGCCUGACAUCGUUGUUUACAAUGCUGGCACGGACGUUCUGGACGGGGAUCCCCUGGGAGGCCUGGCCAUUUCCCCCCAGGGCAUUGUGAAGAGGGACGAGGUGGUGUUCAGGGCUGCCAGGAGCCGCGGGGUGCCUGUGCUGAUGGUGACGUCCGGCGGGUACCAGAAGAGGACGGCGCGGAUCAUCGCCGACUCCAUCCUCAACCUGCACGGCCUGGGGCUCCUGGGCAGGGAGCGCCCAGCCUGGGCUCCUGGCAGCCCCAGCCUGGGCCCCCUGCUCACAGACUCUGCCAAGGACUUGAGCAACUUGUCCCUGCAGUGACAGGUCACUGAGUGUUGGUCACAUAACCCAGAGGCAAUACAGAGUAACUCUGUCUCACUCCUGAAUUUAUCUUGAGCUAAGGCAACGCAUCCUUUUAAACUAAUUGAGAUAUGCACUCAAGGAUACUGUCUUUGUGUCUAAUAUUGCUGUAGAAAGCUUAACUUGCUUCUCUGAUUAAAGAAGUAUGAGUAUGGGGUGGGGGGGUCUGUUCUGUUGGAAGUACUAUGCAGUUGGUAUCCAAAGACUGUCCCAGACCUGUUUCAGAUGGUGCAGCAUGGUCUGAGGUGGGAGGAAUAUGGACUAAAACUACUGUUUUAUGGGUUUUUUUCAAUACUGCAUUUUAUUUAUUGCUUUUUAAAUUGAAAUACUGUUAUAAAACGAGUUCUGUGCAGACUUCAACUGUCAGUUUAACAAUAAAGGGAAGUGCAAUACUGUAAAAGCCAGGACAGUUUGUUUAUGGCUUUGAAGCCGAAGCAGUUAGAAGGAAUGUUAGUAAAUUCAUAGUUUAUUCCUGUUGUUGAUAGUGACUUAAAUCUUGCUCAUAAACACCUUGUGAAAUAGAAUAGGAAACACCUUUGGCUCCAUAUGCAAAUGAGCCAUUAGGGCUCACCAUUACCAGUCUGGUGUUCCAAAUGAGCUCUGCAUGUGAUAGGCAGUAGUUCCUAUGCACUGUAACUCACAGACAGAGAAACUCCAGUCCGAUGGAAGCUGAUCUUACAGUUCUCAGCAUCCCUGCAGAAAAAAUCAUGUAGAAAUAUAGGCUAUCUUAUUAUUGCUAGCUUGCCAUGUAUGAAACAGCAAGGAGUAGAUUUAAAUUAUUUUUCCCCAACUACUGCUGUUUUUCACUGGCUCAAAGAUCAAUGGUACUUCUAGUUGCAAUCAUAGUUGGUAAGCAAAUCCUUCAUUUUUCUUGUUCAUUGAGGAAUGCAGUGACAUUUCUACAUUAAGAUAAUGUGCUAACUUUAUGUGGAGCUUUUAGGAGGAUUUCAGAAAAAAAUAGUGUAUUCAAAGCAAAUUCAGUUGCACUACCUGGGAAGUUUGGCUUUGUUCAAGUUGGUAUAUUUUGCAUUAGGUACUAUUUGUAGCAGUGGGUUGUAAAUGUAUUAAACUGUAUAUUUUGCAAGAGCUUUUAUAACUUUCACUGAUUUGUACUACAAGUUUUAUGUUGUAUUAAGGUUGGAGCUGCCCUGUGAGGGAGCACCAGGAUUUUCCUUGUAGUAGAGUUGUUGUGUAAACUGUUUAAGGAAUGUUUAAUUCUAAUCCUAAUACUUACCUCAUUUAGUGUUCCUGUUUAGAUCAUGGGGUUUGUCCAUUGUAUGAAUUGCACAACUGCUAUAAAUACCUGCUUUAAACCAGAUCUGACCUAUUGCACUAAGCUUGAGUUGCUACACUGGGAUUAAAGAGCACUUUUAAAUUUCUUACUAGAACGACCAUCAGAGUAUGACUAAUGUUGAGAUUUAGUUUUUCUAUACUGUUUGACAUUACUGAAAGAUGUUGUUAUUCUUUCAUAUAAUUCUUAUAAAAUUCUAGAUUACAUUUCUAUGAACUAAACCCCCGUCAUAGCACCAUAUGGUCUUUCCCCAAACAUUUGCUGUCUGUGUUAACAUGUUUCUAUAAUUUACUCUCAGUGGAGAUUAAAAUUAUGUUGAAAAAUGA